GAACGCGGGGGGCGGAGCCAUCGCCGCAGCUGCCGGCGCCGCAGCUCUGUCCCGGCUUUGAAAGAUUAAAAACCCCGGCGGAGAGGGCGGCGGCGCUGGAUGUGAGGCGGAAGCUGUGGGGGCCACGGCUCGGCGCGCGGCCCGGCACCAUGAACUUCCCGGGCCACGGCUCCCCGCGGAGCCCCGAGCGUAACGGCCGGGGCGGCGGCGCCUGGGAGCUGGGCGCGGACGCGGGGCCGGCGUUCGGCUGCGGCGGCGGUGGUGGUGGCGGCGGCGGCUGGGGCUACGAACACCUCCCCGGAGGGGAGCCGGGCGACAGCGGUGUGUCGCUGGCGCUAUUGCGCGGGGAUCCGGGGCUGCACUUGGCGGCGGGGGCCGACGACCUCCCGCACCUGGCGCUGGAGCCGUCGCUCAGCGACGAGAACUACUUCAGCUCGGCCGAGUCGGGCUCCUCGCUGCGCUACUACAGCGAGGGCGAGAGCGGCGGCGCCGGCAGCUCGUCGUCGCUGCACCCGCCGCCGUCGCCCGCGCUGCUGCCUGCGAACUCCGGCGGCGGCGGCGGCGGCGGCGCGGCGGGCGCGGGCCCCGGGGAGAGGAAGCGCGCCCGGCCCGGGGGUCCGGCCGCCCGGCACCGCUACGAGGUGGUGGCGGAGCUGGGCCCCGAGGAGGUGCGCUGGUUCUACCGUGAAGACAAGAAGACCUGGAAGCCCUUCAUCGGUUACGACUCGCUGCGCAUCGAGCUCGCCUUCCGGACGCUGCUGCCGGCCGCCGGCGCCCAAGCCCGCGAUGACGACCCUGCCCGCGGACCGGCCGACCCCGGUCGCUCCACCGAGGAAGACGGCAACGACAACGGGGACCGUGCCUGCGGCUUCUGUCCGCGCGCUGCAGGGCGCGAGCGGAACACCGAGGGGCAGGUGCACAUUGAGCCGGUGUGCGUUCGCGGCGGCCUCUACGAGGUGGAUGUGACCCAGGGGGAGUGCUACCCGGUGUACUGGAACCAGGCUGAUAAAAUACCAGUGAUGCGUGGACAGUGGUUUAUUGAUGGUACUUGGCAGCCUCUAGAAGAAGAAGAAAGUAAUUUAAUUGAGCAAGAACAUCUCAGUCGUUUUAAAGGUCGGCAGAUGCCGGAAAAUUUUGAUACUGAAAUCUCAAAAUCCAUAGAUGGAAAAGAUGGCAGUGGGAUCAACUAUUCUGUUGCCUACCACCUCCCUCCCUUCUCCCUCCCUUCUCUCUUCAAAUGGAGAGGAUAUAAGGAGAGCUCAGAUGCCGCAGGUCUUAAACGAAAGCGUUCCCAAGCUAUUCACAGUUUCAAGCUGAGCCGGAACCACGUGGACUGGCACAGCGUGGACGAGGUAUAUCUGUACAGCGAUGCGACAACAUCUAAAAUUGCAAGAACGGUUACCCAAAAACUGGGAUUUUCUAAAGCAUCAAGUAGCGGGACCAGACUCCAUAGAGGUUACGUGGAAGAAGCCACGUUGGAAGACAAGCCUUCGCAGACCACCCACAUUGUGUUCGUUGUACAUGGCAUCGGGCAGAAAAUGGACCAAGGAAGAAUUAUCAAAAAUACAGCCAUGAUGAGAGAGGCUGCAAGAAAAAUAGAAGAAAGGCAUUUUUCCAACCAUGCAACACACGUCGAAUUUCUCCCUGUUGAGUGGCGGUCAAAACUUACUCUUGAUGGAGACACGGUUGAUUCCAUUACUCCUGACAAAGUACGGGGUUUGAGGGACAUGCUGAACAGCAGUGCCAUGGAUAUAAUGUAUUAUACUAGCCCACUGUAUAGAGAUGAACUAGUUAAAGGCCUUCAGCAAGAGCUGAAUCGAUUGUAUUCCCUUUUCUGUUCUCGGAAUCCAGACUUCGAAGAAAAAGGGGGUAAAGUCUCAAUAGUGUCCCACUCGUUGGGAUGUGUAAUCACUUAUGACAUAAUGACGGGCUGGAAUCCAGUUCGGCUGUACGAGCAGCUGCUGCAGAAGGAAGAAGAGCUGCCCGAUGAGCGGUGGAUGAGCUACGAAGAGCGGCAUCUUCUGGAUGAGCUCUGUGUCACAAAGCAGCGGCUGAGGGAAAUAGAAGAACAGCUGCAUGGGUUGAAGGCAUCAUCCGUGACACAAACCCCUGCCUUAAAAUUUAAGGUUGAAAAUUUCUUCUGUAUGGGAUCCCCACUUGCAGUUUUUUUGGCAUUGCGUGGCAUCCGCCCAGGAAGCACUGGAAGUCAGGACCAUAUUUUACCUAGAGAGAUUUGUAACCGCUUACUAAACAUCUUUCAUCCUACAGAUCCAGUGGCUUACAGAUUAGAACCAUUAAUAUUGAAACACUACAGCAACAUUUCGCCUGUCCAAAUCCACUGGUACAAUACUUCAAACCCUCUACCUUACGAACAUAUGAAGCCAAGCUUUCUGAACCCAGCCAAAGAACCUACCUCAGUGUCCGAGAGUGAAGGCGUCUCAGCCAUCCCCAGCCCUGUCACCUCACCGGUCCUGUCCCGCCGGCACUACGGGGAGUCCAUCACCAACAUCGGCAAGGCCAGCAUCCUGGGGGCUGCGAGCAUCGGAAAGGGCCUCGGAGGGAUGCUGUUCUCCAGGUUCGGACGCGCCGCAGCGGCGCAGCCCCCUGAGACACCCAAAGACUCGGUGGAAGACGAGAAGAAGCCAGCGGCCUCACUGUCUACCUCCACCAUGGCCACACAGACCCUGCCACACAGCAGCUCUGGCUUCCUGGACUCUGCAUAUUUCAGACUUCAAGAAUCGUUCUUUUAUCUCCCACAACUUCUUUUUCCGGAAAAUGUAAUGCAGGAUAAAGAUAAUGCCCUCGUGGAAUUGGACCACAGGAUUGACUUUGAACUCAGAGAAGGCCUCGUGGAGAGCCGCUAUUGGUCAGCCGUCACGUCGCAUACUGCCUAUUGGUCAUCCUUGGACGUCGCCCUCUUCCUGUUAACCUUUAUGUACAAACACGAGCAGGAGGACAAUGCAAAGCCCAGUUUAGAUCCAGUCUGAGUUCCUGAAGGACAUGAAUGGCCCAAAACUAUUUUUUUCCGUUCUAAUGUGUAUGUCAAGAGAUGGACAUUUCAGGACUAAGUACUGUAUGUUCCCAUUUGGUUUAGGGCAAGAAAUAUUUGAAUUUAAAAGCACUUUAUUUUCUCCAUCUUAAAGAAGUUACUUACAGUUUCCAUCAUUUUGAUUAUGAAUCUGACAGAACCCCCUGCAAAGAAUCAAGCACUACUUGUGAGUGAAGAAGGUUUGGGUGUACCACACAGAAAAAUCACAAAUCACAAUGUCAUUUCUCUAAAACAGAAAGCCACAUCAAUGAGCUGAAGCUAAUGUUUUAGCCAAAAUAUGUUCUAAACCUAAGACAGUCAAAGUCCAGUCUGUUCUCCAUACAGUUUACAAGACAGUAUCAUUGUUUCAGAUCUCUGUGAAGCUUCCACAAUUCCUGUGAAAGAGUAUAACAGAUAGAAAAUGUUUUAAGUUCAACUUGUUUAGAAAAACUAAUGCUAAAAAAAAUUUGAACUACUGUAUUUAUAAUUUAUUACCUCUGACUAAUUGCUUUAUUUCAAUGUAUGAAACAUUACAUUUUCUUAAUGUUUCCUUUGAAAAUAAUUGAAGAACCACGUUUAUUUUCUAUAGUGUUGAGACCCUUUUUUCUCAGAACUCCAUCUUUGUACUCUUCAGAUGAAUAUCUAGACACCGUGGCAUACUUUAUUUUUGUCAUUAAAACUUGUAGUUUCACACAACACCAGUUCAGUUUUUUUAAAGAACUUUUUAUUAUGUCACAUGUACCUUGGAGAAAGCUGAAGUUUUUCUAAACUUGACAGAGUCCUUCAUUUGGGGGACAUUUCAUUAACUUUAGUAAAUAUCUUUGGAAUGGAGUCAGAACACCCAUUUCAAAUGUGUAAACAUUUGUGUGCCAAACAGCUUACACGUGGAGGGAUGGGGCGCCCCAAACCAAGGUUAUAGAGUGGAAAGGACAGAGACACAGACACACAGGUCAGCACUCAGGCCCCGGCAGAGCUCUCAGCUGUAAAUAUCUCCACGGCGCUUUUCCUUGAGGAGCUCAGAGGGGCGCGUUCAGCAGUCCACAUCCUGGCCCCUCCAGGUAGGUAAAGGAGUGUCACUCCUCUGCUGGCACAGCAGAGCAAAGCUGGGACUGAAGCCACAGUGAGCUCCCACGUGCUCUUGAGUGACUCCCAGUGUACACGCAACCUCUUAGGAGUUGGCAGACGGUAACUACAGAGCAGACAUGUUACCACCCUCAGGUUCAUCCUCAGGUUCUCGCAUCCACAGCAGGUGUUCCUCAGAGCGGAGAUUGUCACCCGGGCUGCCACAGCCAUUCACUCCCAGUGGCUUCCACUUCAGGUGCUGUCUUCACCUAGCGCUUCAGUAAUGAUCAAACAAGGAGCCAAGUUGAUCAGUGACAGGUCUCACCUCUAGCAGAUGGUGGGCCCUGAAUGUUCAGUAAGAGUGUAGGUUUUACUCCAUACCGUCACUGCUGCAGGCAAUUUUGGCCUUCUAUUGAAUUUGCACCACGUAAAGCACUUUGUUCUAGUGUUUUAAAACAAUCCCAAAGUCCCGUGCCAAGUACGUAACUCAUGAAGAAACCUACACUAUAAAAGGCUUUUGAAGAGAUCUUAGCAAAAGCUGAAUAAAUCAGAUUUAGAGAUUCCUAUGGACUCAGUUCAUUUCCAUAGCCUGUUAAUUUUGUAGUUCUAAUUCAGUUCUCCGGAAAGUUAAACCCAUGUUCUAUGACUCAGAAAAGGUCCUUGAGCGUUGCUCUCGGUGGUGUCAUCAGACGUAAGAGCUUCACGAGAUUCCUUCUUACCCACUGGAAUGUGAAGAGCCCACUUUACCUUAAAAGACUGAAAUUCUAUCAAACAUUUUCAUUAGGUAUUGAGUGAAAAGUGUGUUCCCAUAGAGACACAACUGAGUUGAUCUCUUCACACUGAGAAAACAGGUUUCACCACCUGGAGUGAACUCUGGAAAGAGUGACAUUCAAAACUCCCUUUUCAAAACCGGUAUCGUGGACCAUGGGACGGGUGUUUUGUUUCCAGGUCAUCUAAUCAAUACAGAUGUUGAAUCCGGUUUGAAUUCCAUGUGUCUGCAUGUUAUCAUGGGAUAUACUUGUAUGUACUCAAGUAAUACAGAGAGUAUGUGUAAUUCUGGCUUGAUUUAGAAGCUAAGUCAGUUACCAAGUAACGUUUUGCAAUUUUAUUGCAGCAAGUACUAAAGUGGUUCCAAAAAGUUCUGGUUUUCAUACUAUUAAAGUUUUAUUCUCUGUUCUGCA